AUGACGAAGAAUCUCGUUUCAUCCUGUGCACGGAGACCAUUAUCCGAAAAAUUCACGGAAAGAAAAACUUGCGUGCCCAACCAAGUCCGUGUCGUAGGAUGGGGUCAUUUAUGUACCGAACACUACCUAAGACGGGAAGGUAGGACGGGUGUCUUCGAACGCCAGCAUCCCUGUCCCCAGUCUAUUUGGGAUCUCCCAUCUCAGCACACCCAGGAUGGCGAGCUUCCGAGGCAAGAUGAUAUCAACUUUCAGCCUAGCUCAGGCCUGUGA